GCAAGGGGAAAAGCUGGGAAGAUGAGAGCAAACACCUCCAAAUAAAAUAAGAGGGAAGUUGACUUCAGGAUGUGUGAAUGACUUUGUCCUUAAGGCCUCUAUAAACCCCCCCCCACACAUCGCCCAUUAGAUUGGCAUAACAGGAAGGCAGGCUGUAGUUCGAAACCCUUUUGGACAAAGGGGUGGUUCCUUUCACAUGAUGGACCAGAAGAAGCCUUUGCUUCGGCUCUCGGCUCUGCUGUUCUUCUUGUCAUGCCUCCUCCUUCCCUUGGUUGCUGCACCUCUAUAUAGGAACCUUGCUGUAAGGAUCCAAGAACCCCCACUUCCAGAGGUUACAGAUCAGGUAAUGUUCAGAGAAGCAAGAAUGAUGAAAGAAGAAAUGACCACUAGGGACAUUGAAGUUGAUGACUAUCCAGGAUCAGGCGCAAACAAUCGCCAUGAUCCUGGGACUCCUGGAAGAGCCUGAUUCAAAGCUGCUACAAUUCUCAUGUGGAAAAGUGGCCAUAGAAGUGAUGGUGUGAGUGAAUCCAGCAAAGCAGCUAGAGUUAUAAUUAUAUGUAGCAUGUUCCAUUAGUCUUUGUAUUAAUAUAUCAACCUCAUAUUUGAACCUUUAUCAGCUUCUUUUUUUAUUGUAAAAAAGAAUAAUUAGCCUUUUAAGUGAUUAAGAUUGUAUUACUUUGGUUAUAAUAUGAAGAAAUGACCACUGAAUUUCUUCUUCUUUGCUCAAAAUAUGAUUGAAGGACAACUGAAUCUGAUGGCCUUUGUCAGAUUUGUUUG